AUGCAGCGCGACAAUCAUCUACAGUUGGGCCAGAUCUAUGGCGAUAAAAACACUUUGUUGAAGAACAUCGAUAAAAUUGCACGAUUGGCUCUUGUCAAGGCGACUGACGAUGAGCCCCUGCAGCUGCGCUUUCUCAGACCAAUUCAACCUAAUGGCCAGUUAAAGCAUGAUGAGUACGUCGAUCUCGAACUCACGUCGGCUAAAGAACACACGCAAGGCUUGAUCUACACAACUGUUUCAUACUGUUGGAACCAUACGCAAAUCGAACGCGAAGAGAUGCAAGUACCGGAAUACAGGAUCUGGGAUGCCUCCAGCCCGCGUCAAGCUCCAAGACAGAUUAGUUGUCCUAAACUUGUCCUGCACCGCGCUUUGCGUUUUGCACGAGGGCAAGGAUGUCAGUAUCUGUGGAUCGACCAGGAGUGCAUUGAUCAGGACGAUCCAGCGGACAUCGAACGACGUCUGCAGACCAUGCAUCGCAUCUACCGAGAGAGCCGCUGGACGGUUGUGACGCUUUCUUGUACCAUUACAGCUGAUGAAUCCUGGACAGCUCUGGUAUUGCGUCCACGAACGCUGAUAGAUCCGGACAGUGAUACGUAUGGUAGUGCUGCAAAGGAGUUCGAGCAUUCACUCAGUCAUAUCUCAACAGACCGUUGGUUCACCCGAACGUGGACUUUACAGGAGAAACAAUGCGCAUCGAUACUCAAGUUCCUUAUCCCGAUCAACAAAGAAGUACACGAGCUAGAAGAUGGUCAAUCCUUAGUAGUAGGAAACGAUCUUUGCAUAGAUGCGGAGCGCCUGUCUUGGGCCGCGAGAGUCUGCAGGACCGGCAACAUCAAGGAGCGGCUCAAUCUUAUCGACAUGCCAGGCUUCAAGGGCCAUGGACAGCCUUCUGGCCAAGAAAUUUCUUCUAUCGCGCUUUUCGUACAUGCAAUGAAUUCGUGCGAUAACCUCGUCAUCGCCGAUCGCAUAUCAAUCUUCGCAAAUGCCUGUAACUUUAGGUACCGCUUGCUGUCAAAUCGAUUGGACCGAUCAGAUAUCAGCUAUGUUAUGUGCCUUAUAGUCCUGGUAUUAGCCAACCUGAUUGGCGGUAUCAAGGAAGUCAAAGAGAAAAUUGCGACUACUUGGGAUGAGAUUUCAUCUUAUAACAUGCUAGCCAACCCAGCUCUGAUCUUGACGAUCUUGUUCGGAAUGAAGCGACUUUCACACAGGAAGCAAUCAGAUACGGAAUUGUGGCAGUUUCUCAGAGCGGAGUUAAGAUCAGCUGAGAAUCAGAAAUACUCAAGCGGCGAGAUAGGAUCAGCAUACUCUGACAUCGUAUUGGGGAGUCAUAGUCUAGAGAAUGAUGCCCAGGAAUGGCUUCCAGACGAGCAUCUAGAGGAGCAUUUUGGCCUCAAAGCGCAACAAGGUAGGCAGCCUCAUGAUUUACCGCGGGGUCGACGACAGCAUGCGUUACAUCGUCUGUACAGACGGCUCGCGCAACUUUUUCGAAGAUCACCUUAA